UAGCAAAAGAUACUCUCUCUCUUGGUAUUUAGAAGUAGAACUCGCAAGUCUUCGCUUGUUUGCCUCUCCCUUUCUGCUAAUUUAAUGGCAAAGUAAAAUCACACUCUUUACUCCUUCGCUCACUCCAUUCAGUUGUCGAAUCAUUCCAGUUUUCGCACUCUCUCUUAGCCUCUCCUGCAUGGUUUUCUCUCUUUAAUUUCCAUUAACUCACGAGGUCAAUGCGUGGAGGGAUUUCCAAAUUGUUCAAAAGUAACUGAUGCAAUUAGUUUUGUAAUGGAUUUCAAUCCUUCCACAAGUGCAACAUUGAAUUUUAGCAAAAAUUAAUGGAUCUUGGUCGAUUUGUUUGAUUGGAGACCAUUCAAAAGGGUUUGAGAUAGCAUUGUAAAUUUUCAUCAUAGUUCAAGAGUUCGUCAAAGAAUCCAUCUACAAAAGUAAUAAUCUUUGAUGUCUUGAGGUCCGAUGUCCAUUGAUGUUGUGUCGUGCAGAAGGAUUAAGGGAAUUAAAGUUGUAACCUUGUUAUCCAUAUGCAAGCUACUGUGCUAAAUUGAUGAUACUCCAGUUGAAUGAAAGAAGGUGGUGCUACUUCUGUCAGAAUGAGUGGGAGUGGCCGAAAACGCAGUUCAAAAUGGGAUUUGAAAGAAGGGCCUCGAAUGUCAUUUGAAGAUGUGGAAGACAAUACUUGGCCUGGGAAAGCAGGAAUAUCUUUUCGUGACAAAGAAUCACGACGUGAUUGGCUCCCACCUGAAGCUGCUGGUGGCACUCGCUCCAAGUGGUCAGCAAUGGAACCGUUGCCUGGAAGAAGAAGCUCUCGCAGGGAUGAUAAUAUUGAUGAAGACCGUAGCAGAACUUUGAAAGCCACUUAUGAAGAUGAGAGUUAUGGAACUAGAAUGUCUCCUGGUCUCGAUGAAUGGAGACAGAAAAGUUUUCGAAACUCUCCCAAGAAUGAAUAUAAAAGAACAAGAAGGAGCCAGAGCCGGAGCCGGAGCCGGAGCCGGAGCCCAGUCCAUGGCUUUGGGCAUGAAAGAACUAGAAGCAUAUCAAGUGUAUCAGCUCAAUUAUGUAAGGAUUUUGUUGCUGGGAGAUGCAGGAGAGGCAGUCAUUGCCCGUUUCUUCACCAAGAUACUCAGACGUGUGAGGAUGACUGGGAAAGAAGACCCAGGAAAGCUUCAGCUUCAAAAUAUCCUAUCUCCCAUGAUUCUAAGCAGUACCCAAUGGGGAGUGGAAGAUCUGCUGAUUGCUGUAAUGAGUUUCUAAAAGGAAGCUGUAGAAGGGGUGAAUCCUGCAGGUAUGCUCAUCAUGGUGCUUCUGAUCCAUCUAGUAGGGGGUCCGCAAAUGAUGGUAUUAGAGAAAGAGAUAAUGACCGAAGGCAUAGAUAUGCAUCUCCAGAGAGACGUGCUGAGCGUGAAACCCGCAGAGCAGCUGAUAUUCCCUGCAAAUUUUUUGCUGCAGGUAAUUGCCGGAAUGGAAAAUAUUGCAGGUUUUCUCAUAAUGAUCAGACACCAAGUCCUGACAAAAGAUCACGAGAUGGUAGGUGGCCACCAAGCCAAAACUCAGAUGAUGUGGAAAAAUCAUGGAAUGAUCCAAAAUGGAGUGAGAGUCAUACUUCAGAUGCAGCAAAAUUGAGUGAAAAUAAAAAUGAAAAAUUGGAUGCACCUGAAUUGAGGCUCUCUGUACGGUGUAUGGAGGAUGGAUGGGGCCAUAAUUUGGUCGAGAACAAGACACACAAUAAUCCUCCAACAAAUGAAGUGGUUGAGAUCGACAAAAAGGAAGCCCUCCCAUUGAAGACAGAAAAUGCUGGUGAUAACUCUAACGUAUCUGAACAGAGAGCUCCUGAGAAUUGGCUUGGUGAUAUGGAAAUGUCUCCUGAUUGGAACUACAGACUGCAACCUUCCAACCAUAUCAACAAAGGAGAGCAUGCUUCUUUAUCCAGCUGUGAACUUCAGGAUGGUUCAGGCCGGGCACGUGAUACCGCUGCAAUCAUGCCACCAAUUUCAAAUGAAACAUCUUCCAUUCAACAGGGAUACAAUUUAAAGGAGAUUGGUGGUAGUGCUUUGCCACAUGAUGAUGGUGUGACUGGAAAAACUGCCGGUUCUUACAUUGACAUUUCUACGAAUGCUCUCGCAACACAAAGCUUCAAUAAAAAUGGCCUGAGUUCAAUUGCUUCACCUAUUCCAAACUUGAAUGCUGUUGGACAUAUUCAAGAAGCAAUCUUGACCAACCCUCCAAGAGGAGGGACAAUGACGGCUCCUCAAAAUCAGACACUGGUUCAGGACAGAAAAAUGAUCAACAUUCCCGAUAUUGGGAAUGUAAAUGCACCACUUGUGAAUUUGGGAAUUCCAAUGGCUCAAAACAUGGCUAGUAAUGAACAUUUGACUCAGCUUACCAGCCUUUCUGUCUCUCUGGCCCAGUUCCUUGCGAAUGGACAGCAGCUUCCGCAACUUUAUGCUGCUCGUAAUUCGCAUAAUGACACCUUUGCCAACUCAGAGGGCACUGUCAAACCAGAUUCUAUGGUGACCAUUCAGCCCCGGAAGCAAUAUGAUCCUAUAUGUGACAGCGUGGAGCCUGGGAAGCAUCAUGUCAAUACUAAUCCUCCAGAUCAGAAACUAGAAUUACUAUCCAAAAACUUGUCCCCGUCAUCCCUUUCUGCUGGACUGAUUGGUGGUGAUUUUAACAAGUUUCACUCUGAGCAAGAGUUCAUUGAUAAGAGCUCCCAGUUAAAUCAGCCGGGUCCAGGUGUGAGUUCUGAAGUUAACAAGGAAAACAAUGGAGUGGGGUCUGAGGAAAGCAAUAAAGUACAAGAGCAGGAUAAGGGUGCACAAGAGAAUGGUCCCUUGGAGAACAGUGAUGGUGAUGGCAAAGCUGAUGAGAGCAAGAAAAAUAAGGAUGCAAAGGGAAGUCGUGCAUUUAAGUUUGCGCUGGUGGAGUUCGUUAAGGAUCUACUGAAACCUGCAUGGAAGGAAGGUCAAAUGAGCAAAGACGCUUACAAGAACAUAGUUAAGAAAGUGGUUGACAAAGUUACUGGAACUAUGCAGAGUGCAAGUAUUCCUACAACGCAAGAAAAAAUUGAACAAUACCUGUUGGUUUCAAAACCAAAGCUGACCAAACUUGUACAGGUGAGUGCUGGUGUGCUUAUUCGCGUUGUAUUUGAUUUUGAAAGGGAUGUGAAUUUGAUUACAAAAUCAGAGCUCUUUUCUUACCUGAAUUCUCCUAGUGCUUCUCAGACCUCGUGGUGCAAAUUUAUGAUGCUGGCAUAUGUGGAGAAAUUUCAGAAGGACAAAUGAAAGAACAGCUGAUGUUUUCUAUUCAUUUUUUGCUGUCAUAUAGCAAGCUGUUUAUUUUGUGCGUAUGAUUCUACUAUGGUAAGGCAGCUUCUAGAAUGAAAUAUUCUUCUUAACCUGUUUUUUACUACUAGUUGAAAUCAAGGUUAGCUAAACCUUUAACUCUUACAUGCAGAAUAUCUUUCUGUUUGGAAUUUUAAAAUGCCUCAUACAUGGAAGUUUACCAUGUGGAUUUAACUGCA